AACUCAAAUGCCCCAUUGAUCCUCUCGUGUUUACCCCAAUUCGAAAGUUACUUCAUUGUUAGGGUAGUCAAUGUAUAAACCUAUAUAUUGAUUUACAGUCUCUCGCAACAAUUUCUUCAUUCAGCCAUCAGUUCAUUCAAUUCUCAGACAAUCUAUAUUAUUUCUUUCUUGUUCUAAUUUUAAAUCAAUACCUACCGAGGUUUCUAAAUUCGGUAUACAUCAUUUACCCUCACAGCCUCCCUAACUACAAUGAGUGAAGAACCAACACUCCCUCCAUUGCCCGCCAUUGCUUGGGAUUCCGGGACUCAAUCUUUUGCCAAUACCAGAAAACGCGUUCGCAAUCGAGAAUUUGCGAUAUCAGCAGUAUCUGACUCUAGUGACCCAGCCGUAUUUUCUAGUGAUGAUGACCCUCAUGUAGAAAACUAUGCUGGAGGAAGACAUCGAAAGAAGCGUUAUGUUGGUUCUUGGUUCCAACAGCACCCUACUUCAUCCGACUCGACAUUUGUUGAGCCACCACGGCCUUUACAAAAAGUAAAUAGAACCUUUCAACGUCAGUUUGACAGCGGUGUAUGGAUGGGGAGCGACAAUUCUAUAGAUAUGGAAGAUGAUCCAGGCUUAUCUACCAACAUGUCUGCUGAAUCUAGCUUGCCACCACACAGCCAUGCUCGGCCCAUGGCAAACAUCUCUCCUAGCGAAAAGAGAGCUCGUGAGAUCAUACAGAAUGCCAUAGUCAAUGAAAAUCCCAUCGUUGACUUCUCCACCUCUAACCUCGAAAGUAUAUCUAACGCAACUAUAUCACAACUCUCCAUAUUUGACACCAUGCCCUUAAUAGAUGAAUCCUUUCCGUUUGCCUCCAAGGCAGCGUCCAUGGAGCUUUAUUUAUCAAACAACCCACUUUCGCGUGCCCCUGGGGCUAUAUUCAACCUUGAGAAUUUGGUCCACCUUAGUCUCCGAAACACUCAGAUUACCGAGCUUCCUCCCAGCAUUCGAAAUUUACGUAAUCUCGAGACUUUGAAUUUGUCUCUCACUCGUCUUCGAUGCCUGCCGGGUGAACUCCUAGAUUUGAUGAGGUUCCCCUCUAAGCUUCAGACUUUACGCAUACACCCCAACCCAUUCUACCGUCCAGAUCAUUUCACAGGGCAAUUUGACGAGCAGGAUGUUUGGGAUGAGUCGUUGCGCGAUGAUGUUUUGCUUCUGGAAGAGAGAACGUUCGCAGAGGGCUCUAUCUUGCGAGUUUGGCUCGACAAAAAUGAUGUGCCUUCUGCGAGUGACUCGUGUUCAACAUCCACCGAGCCGGGCAGCCACUGGUGGUCGGGAAAUGCGCUUGCACGCUCUCCGAUUCAGUACAGCGAUAGCCGAGGGGUGAUCGUCUCCAAAUUCCAGCUGCCGCAGCCAGGGUCUACCCAUUUGGUCAUACAAACCGAAGACUUGGAAUCAUCACCCUCACCUCCACGCUAUCUACGGGGCCGGUUCGCGGCAGACAGUUGUCAAAGUAGCGUUCCGUCGUUGUUUGAACUGGCCCUCCAAUCAUGUGCUAAGACUGGUCAGCUUCGUGAGCUGCCAUCCUAUCUUCCCUCAAACGCACCCCCGCACUUUUCCGAGGUCCUCGACCGUAUUGCUGAGCAAAGUGAAGAAAAUGCCAAUUGCGGCGAUCUACCCUGCUCAAUAUGUGGACGGCGAGUAAUGAUGCCCAUGACCCAAUGGAUUGAAUGGUGGCAGCUAGCAGGUACAAUUAGGUUCAGGGGCGGGAAUGCAUGGGCCAAGAUAGCCCUAGGCAAUGGUAGCCACGAGUGCGCAAUACCCUUCCUCCGACGUGGCUGCUCGUGGAAGUGUGUGCCGAAGGCGAUGAAACAUGGAGAUAAACUGCCAGGAACGUUGAGAAGCAGCGUGGAAAGACCAGAGUUUGAAAUGGAGAUGAAUUCCUGAUUAAUUCAUUCCUCAAAACAAAUAGAAUAAGCAAAUAGUACCUAUGAUCACAUCUACUAACAUAGCGCAAACUUGUGACCAUGAAUCGAAAGCUUUAUAACCAGCGACCCCUAGGAUAUCCUAAUUCAUGGAUCUCCCUAGGUUAGCUCAAUAUCGGUCCUGAAUCGGGUUCAGCUCGAGGACCGGACAUAUUACAACACUCACUCGGAUACACCAAGUGCUGAAAGGGCUGACACGUUUAUGAACCGGUUCAACCUCAAGCUCGGUGAGAUGGGGUGAAUGUGUCGGUUUAGUG